CUUCCAGAGUCAGCCAUGGCCCCAGAAAGGCCGUCCAGGGCCUGGUUCUCCUUCUGGGGUGCUGCCUGCCCCCACACUAAACCCUGGCGUCAACCACUGCCCCAAAGGGGCACUGGAACCCCAGUGCGGGGCACUGGGGUCGCAGGCAGAAGGAAACCCGCUGAGGAAGAUGAUAACAGAAUCUCCUCCACCUCAUCAGGCCUGGGGAGCCCCCCUCCCCUCGUCCCGCAGCUGCGCCCGACGCAGAGCCUGGGCGGGGGGAAGGGGGCGGUGCCUACUCUGCGGCGGCCGGAGGAGGGGCACUGCGGGAGAGCUCUUGGGGUGGGGGGGCUGCGGCACCGCGUCCCAGCCCUCUGCGGCCCGAGUGGCAAGGGCGGGGGCGCUGACCCUUGUCGGCCCGGCCCCUCCCCAGCUGCGGAGGCCGGGCCAUCAAUCCCGACCUGGGGAGGGGGCGCCCGCUCACCCCACCUAUGGAGCCGCCGCGCGCGCUCCCCGCCCCUGCCCCGUCUGGAGCCCCUGCGCGACCCUCAGGGGAUCCCCGCCCCCCAGGAUGAAUUCCACCCGUUCAUCGAGGCGCUGCUGCCUCACGUCCGCGCCUUCGCCUACACCUGGUUCAACCUGCAGGCGCGGAAGCGCAAGUACUUCAAGAAGCACGAGAAGCGGAUGUCGAAGGACGAGGAGCGGGCGGUGAAGGAUGAGCUUCUGGGCGAGAAGGCCGAGGUCAAGCAGAAGUGGGCGUCGCGGCUGCUGGCCAAGCUGCGCAAAGACAUCCGGCCCGAGUGCCGGGAGGACUUCGUGCUGGCCAUCACCGGCAAGAAGGCGCCGGGUUGCGUGCUCUCCAACCCUGACCAGAAGGGCAAGAUGCGCCGCAUCGACUGCCUGCGCCAGGCUGACAAGGUGUGGCGGCUGGACCUGGUCAUGGUCAUCCUCUUCAAGGGCAUCCCGCUGGAGAGCACGGACGGCGAGCGCCUGGUCAAGGCCGCACAGUGCGGCCACCCGGUGCUCUGCGUGCAGCCGCACCACAUCGGCGUGGCGGUCAAGGAGCUCGACCUGUACCUGGCCUACUUCGUGCGUGAGCGAGAUGCGGAGCAGAGUGGCAGUCCCCGGGCGGGGAUGGGCUCUGACCAGGAGGACAGCAAACCCAUCACGCUGGACACGACCGACUUCCAGGAGAGCUUUGUCACCUCCGGUGUGUUCAGCGUCACUGAGCUCAUCCAAGUGUCACGGACACCUGUGGUGACUGGAACAGGACCCAACUUCUCCCUGGGGGAGCUGCAGGGGCACCUGGCAUAUGAUCUGAAUCCAGCCAGCACCGGCAUGCGAAGAACACUACCCAGCACUUCCUCCAGCGGGAGCAAGCGGCACAAAUCAGGCUCAAUGGAGGAAGACGUGGACACAAGCCCCGGCGGCGACUACUACACCUCGCCCAGCUCGCCCACGAGUAGCAGCCGCAACUGGACGGAGGACAUGGAAGGAGGCAUCUCGUCCCCAGUGAAGAAGACAGAGAUGGACAAGUCGCCUUUCAACAGCCCAUCUCCCCAGGACUCCCCCCGCCUCUCCAGCUUCACGCAGCACCACCGGCCUGUCAUCGCUGUGCACAGCGGGAUCGCCCGGAGCCCUCACCCGUCCUCGACCCUGCACUUCCCCACGACCUCCAUCCUGCCCCAGACGGCCUCCACCUACUUCCCGCACACGGCUAUCCGCUACCCACCUCACCUCAACCCCCAGGACCCGCUCAAAGAUCUCGUCUCACUGGCCUGUGACCCAGCCAGCCAGCAGCCUGGACCGUUAAAUGGAAGUGGUCAGCUCAAAAUGUCCAGUCACUGCCUUUCUGCUCAGAUGCUUGCACCCCCGCCCCCCGGGCUGCCGCGGCUGGCGCUCCCCCCUGCCACCAAAUCCGAGGGAGGAAGCACAUCGCCAACCUCGCCCUCCUACUCUGCGCCCGGCGCGCCCCCUGCAAACCGUUCCUUUGUGGGAUUAGGACCAAGGGAUCCGGCGGGCGUUUAUCAGGCACAGUCCUGGUACCUGGGAUAAGCAAGACCUCUUCCCAGGCCCUGCGCCUUCGUCCCGGGAACCCCGGGGGGCCGCACAGCCUGCCCCUGGCCCACGAUUUCGGUGGAGAGUUAGAGCAAGCAAGGACACCCGCCGACUCCCAGCCUGGCUGAAAAGACAGAAACAGAAACAUACACACAGGAGGAAAAAAAGGAAAAAAAAAGGCAAACAAAAAAACAAAACGACAAAAAAAAGACAAACGGGUAAAAAAACCCAUAAAAAUAAACCCACCCAACCAAGAAAAAAGAAGGUAGAGACAGCAGCAUGGCCGCGCUUCAGACUCUGGGGACGCCACGUCCGGACGGAGGGCCAGGCCUGCCCCCCGGCGCCUUCCCAAGUCACUCAUCUCUGCUGCUCUGGAAGGGCGGGCACCGCGCCCACCACCACUCGGGACCAGGUGAGCGCUGCCUGGCGGCAGGGCCCCCUCCGGGACGUCAGCCGGCCCCCACAGUGGGCUUCGCCUGGUGGGGAGGUAGGUGCCGCAAGGACCGGGCGGCCAGCACCCCAGCAGUGGCUGGGGUGGGCAGGGGUGUGACAAGGGUGGAAGAGAGUUUUGGGGAGACCCCGGGUGUCGUCAGGGACGAGGCGCGACACAUACCUUCUCGAGAGUGUCCUGCGUGGUGGGACCUGCUCCCGCCCCAAAGCCUGUGUGUCCAGCCGCCUGCCUGGGACUUGCUCUCAGCCCCGUGCCUGCCCUGUUUGGGAGGAGAAGUCUAUGCAAUUGGCCCCCAGCCCCACCCUGCGGCAGAGGAGGCCACCCCCACUGAACCCCCGCUGCCGGCUCCACAGCCCCGGGGAGGGGGCCACGUUGCACACACUGUAAGAAAUGCACUUUCCGAGGAAGGGGCUUUGGGGGGUAGCGGGGAGACCCAGAGCUCCCCAGAGGGGGGCACCCAUCUGGAUCUCCAUCUACCCGAGCCCUGGGAGGGGGGAUCCCCCACUUAGCCCCUGGAGGUGGGAGGUGAGCGAGUGGUUCAAGUGCCUGAUCCCCACUGCCUGCCCCCCUUGGUCCAGCCGGGAUGUGGAGUGGCCACGGGCAUCCUCCACCUCCUCCCCUCCCCUCCACCCCCUCCCCAGCCACCUCCAGUUGCUGACCCCUCAUUGCUAUGCCCCCCACAAAGCUAGAGAGAUGGGACCCCACCCCCGUGGCCCAAGGGGCAGAACUGGGCAGCCCCCAAGUGCCCUGCCAUGCUGGGGCCUGGGGUGGGGUCUGGAAAGGCCAGCAGGCUCCCCAAACCUCCUCUGCCAGUGCCUUACAUCCUGGAGCGACACCCCCUCCCUGGUGCCUCCCAGCCCAAAGGGGGCCACGGUUUGCACUUUGAUCUCCCCGUGAAGUGGGGCACAGCCUGGGAGGCGCAUCGCGGCUGGGUGCCCGGAAGGAGAAAAGGCUGGGCUGAGUGCAGCCCCCCAUGCGCCUGGGUGGGGGUUCUGGCAGGGGGGCCCCUGUGGCCCAGUCAGGGACAUCCCAUCUGCUAAGCAUUUUCCGUUGAGCCGCUCCAAAAACACUAAGCUGGAGACACCGGGUGCCCCCCAGCCCGGCUCCCAGCCCCCCCGCUCCUCCCCCAGGGUGGCCAUCUGGGGUGGGGGUCCUGCGGUGGGGGCCCUGUGCAGGUGUUCUAGGGUCACUGGGCCCAAACCCAGGGACACCCCCCCAGCCCACCCAUCUGAGUCCCAGCCGGCCUCCAUGCCUGGCGCUGGGGAGCAUCUUCCUCACCACGACCCCACCCCAGCUCAAGCCCGAGCCAUGGCCCGGGAGAGGGCCACCUCACCGCUCCCAGCCUGGCCAGCCUCCCCCCGCCCCCCAGAAACCGGACUUUCCUUCCAAGCCAGCCCGAGAGGCUUGGCGAACCCACUUGAUCAUGAAGAGAAGGCCCUCCCUGCCAGCCCCCCCCCCCGUUGUCGGGGGGCGUCUGAGAACCCGUGGUCGGUCAGUCUGUCCCCAGGGUCCUUCCACCGGGUGGCCCUUGGGGACCAAGGCGCGGCUGCUUUCUGGGACGGCAGGGGCGCUGGUGGUGGUGCGGCCAGCUGGGUCACCUGGAAGCUUCUCAGCUGGGAACCUGAAGGUGUGGGCAGGCGGGGGAGGGGAGGGGCACGGCCGCCCCCAGCUCCCUAACUUUGCAUGGUGCUUAGUCGAGGAUUCUGUGACCUGGCUCCUGACGUCAGCUCGUGGAGGCUGACACUGCAUGGCGAAUCACACCUGGCUCUGUCUCCCUGCCCCAUGCCCCCCCAGCUCUCCAACACUACCCCCUCCUCUUUAAAAAAAAAAAAAGAUAACAAAAAAAAACUUAAAAAAAAAUUCCAUGUUUCCUAAUUUGCACGACAUUUUCUACCACAUGAUGUGCCUUGCCUUCCGAAAAUAAGUAUUACCUUUAAACAAUAUCAGCGCACACAGAUAGCUGCAUGCACUGCUCGUGUAGUUAAAAAAAAAAAAAGACAAAACAGUGACAUGAAAUAAAACAUAGAAAUUGAAAAGGGAUGUAUUUCUAUUUGUAAAAAAAAAGAGUUUAAAAUAAAAAUGGAAAAUGACACUCUAAAAAAAGCAAUCCACAGAUCCACAGAACAGUUGCCCCCAUCCUGCCACCCCCAGCUCUGUCUCCAUGGCCCCUGCAGCAUUGGGGGUGCCCCCUGGUGCUCUGCCACCCCCCCAGCCCCACCCCUGGGCUCCAGAGGCAGCAGACAGACCUCGGGGAUGCGCCCUGGCCCCCACCCCCAGCAAGGGCUUCCGUCCCUGGGCCACAGGCCAGCCUCCCAGGCCCCAUGCAUGACACACCCCAGGGGCUCCCCACAUUGGGUGGCCACCCUGCGACAGCUGGACUCCCCCAUCCCACAUCUCACGCAGGCUGGCAUCCCACCCACCCCACCCACCCGGCUCAGGGUCACUCGGGGAUGGCUCACCCCUCCCCAAGUGCACCCCACUCCUUGCCAAAGGACCCCGUUUUCCCCGUCCCCAGAGACAGGCAGCUCCCUCUUGCCCACCCUUUGCCCUGAACACCCAGUUCUGUGUCUUCCAGCUGUGACUAUGGAGGGUAUCUGGUAGGAAAUGAACAGAAAACUCAAACUCGAUAUAUGCAAUAUCUGUCUGUCUGUCCUGUAGGCCCAGCUCAGCCACUGGGGGCCUCGCCGGGUGGGGGCGCCGCGUUGCAGGCCUCUUGGGAGGUGGCUGGCCAUGCUGUUGUCCUUUCCUCUAUUUUCCUGUGUUUUCCUUUUUUUUUUUUAAAUUUCCGUUUUCCCUGCUUUUUACUCAACCAAAGCUGAGAUGGUAGCAGACAGCGGGGUGUUGGGGCAGGGACUGCAGAAGGACUGGGUGCACCCACCUCAGGCCACCCCCCUUCCGCCACCUCCAGCUCCCACCUGACCCCCAGGCCUCUCCUGGGAGGAUCGGCCCAUUCAUUCCCCCAGUGUCCCCUGGGACCUCAGAGCUGCCUCCAGAGCCGGGUGGGGCCUUCCAGACUGGCCCCAGCUUUCACCCACCACCAUCCACUCAUUUCCUUUCUUCCAAAGACACCUCAGCGAGUCCCAAGGGCAGAGGGGGGCCCAGGCCGCCAGGCGUGGCCCAUAGGAGCUGCCCUUUGCCCCGAAAGCCCACGGCUGUGCCUCUCAGUCAGCACCUGGCUGAUCCCUUUUAUGUUCCACCCCAGGAAAUGGGGAGCAGCCGCGGCAGAGGGCUUUGCCGGGACCAUCCUGUCCCCCCGUGGCCCGCACACCACGGCUUUGGACUGUGCGACCUCUGCUCUUGGCAGCCACCGCCCUGGGCUGGUUGCUUGUUUGAAUUUUUGGGAAAGCUGCAGGGUCCCCAUAGGGCAAAAUCCCCAGCAGGCCAAUGAAGGCAGAUGUACAAGGAAGCAGACCCCCUUACCCCAUCUGCAGUUGGGGUUCGUGCCCGGGGAGGUGAAGGGAGGGGACGGGGCAUUGGGUUAUGUGGGGUUUUGUUAUGUAUGAGAAACUGACAUCUCAAACCCCAGCCCGCUGUGCCCCACCCCCUUGUCACCCACCCCCAUCCGUGCUAGGCCUCCGCCCAGCCCCUGCUGUGGGAAAGAACAGGGACGCCUCCCAAAUAUAUGCAAAUCGCCCCGAUUCUCCUCUCUGCUGAGGGCACUAGACAUCCGCUGGGAUGGAGAGGGAGGCUUGGAGGGGCUGGAAGAUCCGGCCUUGUCUGACCAGGUUGUUGGGGAGCCGUGGUGCCCCCUGCCCUGGUCUGAACCCAGGGUCUGGCUGAGUUCUGAGCCCAGAGCCCCACCCUGAGCUAGACAAUCAGACCUGAAAGGGGACCCAGGGAGACUCGGGGGUGGGGGGCCACCGCAGGUCCCCAAGCAACAGAGAAUUCCAGCCUCCACCCCACACAUCCCCUGCUGUGCUCCGGAACCUUCUCUCUGUCCCCAGAGACAGCAGCCAGUUAGACAGGCCCCGGGGCCGGGAGUGACCGCCCGUACCCCCAGCGAGGGCAGCACAGGACCCCUCCCCACCCUGGUUCACCAACGGUACUUUGACCUCCGGUGUAGGGCUAUAUGUACAUACAUACAUACAUACAUAUAUAUGUAUAUGUAUAUGUGUAUAUAUAUAUAAUUUUGGAAUUUCUUGUAACACACAUUAUACCGUGGCUACGUUUUAUCUUGGCCUGGAUUCUGUCUCCAUGACCCUUAUUCUUACUCUCUUUGGAGGGUGUUGGGAGCGGGACCCGUCUUCGGAGCCAGCUUCCCCCCCGCAUCGUCCCACUGGUCCCCAUUUCUGCCCCUUGGGACACUUCCUAAGAGUCCCAUGUCGGAACAGACGCAGCCUCCCCAGGCAGUUCAGGGCCGCAGGGGCUGAGCUGACCCUGGCGACCCCCCCAGCCCCACCCCGGGAGGCAGGGAGCCGGUCUCAGAGCAGCGCCAGCAAGACUGAUUGCCCAUGAUACCAAAUCCGACUCCUCAGCAGUGCCUCACACGUCUGCUGGCGUGGCUUUGGGGUUCUCCCUGCUCCCCGGCCCCCCUCAGGAAAGAGGAGGCGGGAUCCCCCAGGAAUCAGGACUCCGGGAGAGGAAGGCAGUCAUUGUCCCCCAAGCACCCUUGCGUUCGCGCCAGAGAGGGGACAGGAGCUGCCUCAGCCCCCCUCCAGUUGGGAACCCCCAAAGUCCACCCCCUGCAGUGCAUCGACAUCCUGUCCUCCCAUCUCGGGUCCCAGGCAGGCCCCCCAAAACCAAAGUCCCUUCAAGCCCGGGGGUCCUGCCCCCAGCUUCCUGCCUUUCACCCCCCAGGCCCCGUGCGGAGGAAGGACAGGUGGAGCGUCUGAGGGGCAGACGUGCAGCGGGCGGGGGCAGCAGGCAGGAGGGACAGAGACCCGUUCGCCCCGGACCCCCUUCUUUCCUCCCUUUCUUAAAUUCUUUGGUGGUGUUGCUGUUCAUUUUAUUUUCCAAGAUAUAUUUUUGAGGUUUUUUUCCCCCAUUUUGUAUUUUACUGAUAUUUCCAGGAUAGUUUACUGUUUCUUGCUUUCUGCUUGCACACACCAGUUAACACACACACACACACACACACAAACACACACCCAAUGCUCAUGAACCCCAGGCAGGAGGUUUGGGCUGGGUCUGCGCCCACCCCCUCCUCCCCGCUCCCUGGGGCGGGAUGGGACGCGGACCAGGGCUGUGUGGGCACACGUGUGGGCACACGCAGGCCCAGCCUUCUGCCUGGCCCGCCCGCCCUGCGCCCCCACAUCAUACUCCAAUCAUAACCUUGUAUAUUAUGCAGUCAUUUUGGUUUUCGCCGACGCGCCUACCUAAGUACCAUUUACAGGACGUGACUCUGGCUGUUACUAUUUUGUUUGUUUCCCUAUGCAAAACAACAACAAAAAAUGAAAAAAGGGGGGUUCCAUAAGAGAUACAAUAAAAGGCAAAAAAAAAAAAAAAAAGGAAAAAGGAAAAAUGUAUAAAUAUUAAACAAGUGAUGCUUCGACUCUU